AUGUAUCCAGUUUUUGGGAUUGACAGUGUAGUAGGGAAGCGCAAAGCCCUAGAAAAGAAAACCGAAGCAUCCGGUGCCAUAACCGGGACAUUGAUCAAACCAGAAGCGCUGGUGGAAUGCUGGGACAAUGAGAAACAAUCAGUUUCUAUCGUCUCAGAAUACCGUGUCAAGCAAUUAUACAAUGCAAGAGGUCCUCUGCUGCCAGAGAAGUUCAAAAAACAGCCCUGUAACAUUAUCUUCCCCCUCUGCCCAGACCACCUCAUCACACUCCUCCAAUUUAACGUCCUCCGUGCCCUGGCCGUCAACCGCACUCUAAUCUCGGGCAUCCUCGUUACGCCGCUCGACUGCAGUGAGGAAGCAAUCCACGUCGUCCCUUACCCUUCCAAGCCCGAACUACUCCCUUCAACACUCCUGCCCACUACCACUCAACAAAUGGUGCCGCACGGUGACUGGAUCGACAUGUUCCCGUGUCCUGAGGCACGGGACCGCCUGAUCCGGGCCGCUGGUACUUUUGACGAGGAUGACCUCUGGGCCGACUGCAUCGGAGGGCUGUACGAGGGCUUCCCUGACGACGAGGUCGAGCGACGCGGGAUUAUUGCGUGGUCGCCACCCUGGGACAUCGGGGGUGGGAGAUGUCGGAAGGGUUUUUAA